UUCCUUCCCUUUAAGCCCCCACCGGGCCCCGCCCGGGAGGAGGGAAGCGGCGGGAGGCGGCUCCAUCCCGGCUCCAUCCCGGCUCUAUCCCGGCCCCCGCCGCUCCGCGCAGCCUCGCCGGGGAAGGCAGGAGCGCCGCGCCCGAGCCUCCCGCGGUGAAUAUGGCCCUGGCAGGGAAGCCUUUAGAUGUGACUCUCAGCACCUCCAGAGCUGGCCAGUGGAAUAUGGUUUUUCCCCAGAAAGACGAAAUCAUCAGCAGCUUAGUGUCUGCCUUAGACUCCAUGUGCUCGGCGCUCUCCAAGCUGAACGCGGAGGUGGCCUGCAUCGCCGUCCAUGAGGAGAACGCCUUCGUGGUGGGCACCGAGAAGGGACGGGUCUUCCUCAGUGCCCGCAAGGAGCUGCAGGCCGACUUCCAGAAGUUCUGCAGAGUCCAGCAGAGGAAGGAGCAGGAUGCAGAGGGGCAGAAGAAGGCAAAGGAAUGCGGGCGAAGCGUGCUCAGGGUCUCCCCGGACCAGGGAUCAGACGUGUACCUCCUCAGGAAGAUGGUAGAGGAAGUGUUUGAUGUGCUUUAUAGUGAAGCUGUGGGGAAGAGCAGCGUGGUCCCUUUGCCCUAUGAGAGGUUCCUGAAAGAGCCAGGCUCGCUGGCGGUGGCUGGUUUGCCUGAGGGCAUCAGCUUCAAGAAACCCAUGGAGUAUGAUGUGAAGUCCCUGAUGGCCAUCCUAGAGCAUAGCCACAGCAUCCGCUUCAGGCUGAAAAGGCCAGCGGAUGAGCCCAGCCGAGACCCAAACCCCAGUGUUGAGUUGACUUGUACCUCCCUCACACCCAAGGGUGGACGAGACUCUGGUGCCAACGGCCCCAUGGCCAAACCCUGCAGCCAGGACACCGUCACUGUCACCAACUUCUUAUAUGGCGUCUCGCUGCCAACUCAGAUGGCCGUGGACCUAAAGCAAGAGGUGUCAUCCGGGCCAAGCGCGGCCAGCGAGGCGCUGCUGCCCAGGCCCGCGGGAGAGCUGAAGGUGCCUUCCUCACAGGAGUACAGCGACUGCUGUGGACAGAAAUCGUCGGUCUCUGGAGGUCCCCUCAUCCAGAACGUGCAUUCAUCUAAGCGCAUCCUCUUCUCCAUCGUCCAUGACAAGACAGAUAAGUGGGACAGUUUUAUAAAAGAAACUGAAGAUAUCAACACCCUUAGGGAGUGCGUGCAAAUUCUGUUUAACAGCAGAUAUGCCGAAGCCUUGGGGUUAGACCACAUGGUCCCUGUCCCGUACCGGAAGAUUGCCUGUGACCCUGAGGCGGUGGAGAUCAUCGGCAUCCCAGACAAAAUACCCUUCAAAAGACCUUGCACCUACGGCGUCCCCAAACUCAAGCGGAUACUGGAGGAGAGGCACAACAUCCAUUUUGUCAUCAAAAGGAUGUUUGACGAGAGAAUUUUUACAGGAAGCAAAUUUACCAAAGACCCAACCAAGCUGGAGCCCUCCAGCCCCCCUGGGGAGAUCUCCCCCGAGCCACACCGUGGGGCUGUGCUGGACCUGGCGGGGACCUCCCAGGCCAACAGCAGGUCCGAGAAGUGUAGUGUUUCUGAAAGCUGUGAACCAGGUACCUCAGGAGAGCUGGGUGGGAUCAGGCAGAUAAAAAUCGAGCCAGACGAGCUGGACAUCAUCCAGAUCACUGUGCCAGACCGAUCACCUGGCUCGGAUGAGAUGCACGACCCAGUGCCCACGCAUGUGCCCUCGGAGGAGCCCAGCUACAUCCUAGAAACGGUGGCAGGGACAGAAAAGGGGCCCAGUGAGGAGUCGCGACAUGAAGAAAAGCAGAUGGAGGGAUCAGAUGGUAUAGGAGACGUUUUAAGUCAUUUGAGGAAACAAGUGGAGAUUUUGUUCAACACGAGAUACGCAAAAGCCAUAGGAAUAUCAGAGCCGGUCAAAGUUCCCUACUCCAAGUUCCUGAUGUACCCUGAGGACCUCUUUGUCGUGGGCUUGCCAGAGGGCAUCUUGCUGCGGCGCCCCAACUGCUUUGGGAUUGCGAAGCUGAAGAAGAUCCUGCAGGCGAGCAACAACAUCCAGUUUGUCAUUAAAAGACCGGAGCUGCUGGCGGAGGGCGUGAAGGAGCCGGCGUCGGACAGCCCGGCAGCCAAAGCCGCCGGCGAGAGGGAUUCAAGUGAGGUGCUGCUGGAGGAUGCUGUGAAGAGGCAGGGCUUUCAAGAAAAUUAUGAUGCCAGGCUUUCCAGAAUAGACAUCGCUAACACGCUGCGGGAACAAGUCCAGGACCUGUUCAAUAAGAAAUAUGGUGAGGCCUUGGGGAUUAAAUACCCUGUGCAAGUGCCAUAUAAGCGGAUCAAGAGCAAUCCAGGCUCAGUGAUUAUAGAGGGGCUGCCCCCUGGGAUCCCCUUCAGGAAGCCAUGCACCUUUGGCUCGCAGAACCUGGAGAGGAUAUUGGCUGUCGCCGAUAAAAUCAAGUUCACCGUGACAAGGCCUUUUCAAGGACUCAUCCCCAAACCUGCCCCUAGACGGAUAACAUCCUUGGAAAAAGCCUACGCUGCCUUGAAUGAUGAGGACGAUGCCAACAGGCUCGGAGAGAAGGUGAUUCUCCGGGAGCAAGUGAAAGAGCUUUUCAAUGAAAAAUACGGAGAGGCUCUGGGCUUGAAUCGGCCUGUCAUGGUGCCCUAUAAACUCAUCAGGGACAGUCCUGACGCUGUGGAGGUUACCGGGUUGCCAGACGAUAUCCCUUUCAGAAACCCCAAUACCUACGACAUCCAUCGGCUGGAGAAGAUCCUGAAGGCACGGGAGAGCAUCCAGAUGGUGAUUAUAAACCAGCUCCAGCCGUUUGCUGAAAUCUGCACCGAGGUCAAACAAACAGAGAAAGACACCAGCGUUCCCAAAAGGAAGCGGAAGAGGAUCUCCGAAGGGAACUCGCAAUGGCCCAUGAACAUGUACAUGUUAGACUAUGGUGGUCUAAACGUCCAGAUCCCAGGACCUAUUAACUAUUAGACCUCAAUACCGAAUAAGAACCUCAAAUGAAAGAAUAAAUAAAUGUAAUUUAUGUAAAAAGUGUAUAUUCCAAUAUGUAUCAAUGCCUUUUAGUUUUUCCAAUGAUUUUUACACUAUAUUCCUGCCAUCAAGGCCUUUUUAAAUAAAAAUAAAAAGUGUUGCCUUGCUCUUAAAAGUACUUAUUUUAUUAUGUAUAUUAUUGAUAAAUAGCAUUUAUAGGUAAGAGUAAGUGCAGAAGGGCACCUCCAGGCAGCUCUUGCUGUGCUUUGGCUGCUCAAUAAAACCCUUAGUGUCACCACUGCUUGAAA